GUGUGAAGAAAAUAGCAAGCUAAAGACAGUAUAUUUUUUCUAAGCCUUACCAUUGGAAAACAAUUAUCAUCACUGCCAGCUACGGUAUUAUUACUAUCACUAUCAUCAUUCUUCUCAACGCGAUUGAAAAGUGAACGAUAAUUCUGCUUUAAUUCGUGACAUAAGUGAAAGAUUUAAAGGCAAUAAGUACGUAGAAAUAAAGUAAAAGGAACUUGAGUAAAUAAAAAAUUUGAAAAAAAUAAAAAUAAAAAAAAAACAUUAAAUAUGGAUACGGGAACCGUUCGUCUAGUAAUUUUCUUGGGGAUGUUCCUCGUGUUCGCUGGUGAUUACACGGCUCUGAUGUCGACGAUAUUCGGCAUUAACGGUGAUAAAAAUGGCACAACGUCUCUCACCAAGCGGCCGCAAAACUCGCCGAAGGAUUCGCCACGUGGUCAGUCGCUGUCGGAGGAGGAAAAUUUUUUGGAGGAUAACGGAAUAUCUGAGAAAGCGAAGCUCAUGUCAACGAUAAAAAGCGCCUGCCUGCCGAAAUUGAUUUGCGAACUUACAGCAUCGACGAAUCAGGAUCAGCUCAGCGACAUGGAAAGAUCACUCCUUAAUCUGAUAAGAGACACCAGUCUCAGCACAACAGCCGAGGUCGCAUCGAGGUAUCAUUUUGCCGCUCACAUGGGUCAGCUGAUUUCCGGUCUCGAGGGUCAAGGCUGCCACAAUUUUUACCCGACCUGUCCUUUUCCCGGUUCGACUGUUCUCAGCAUGAUGAAGAAGGUCCGGAUGCGCUGAUCGAGGAAUAAGA